CCAAACACAAAUUCAUUACGAGCGUAACCAUAAACUAUUAAACGAGGAAAUAACACAGAUAAAGAGAAAGAAUGAAGAGGUUACAGUGGUGUAUGGUCGUGACUCUUACAUUGUUGCCCGUUUUACCGUUCUUAUUUGAGAAGGGGAAUGGACCAGUAAAAGUUGAAGCCUCAAAUUCAGUCUCUGCCUUCGUUCAAAACGCAAUCUACUCCAACAGAAUCACCAUCUUCUCCAAAUCCUAUUGCCCGUAUUGUUUGCGUGCUAAACGUGUGUUUGUUGAACUAAAUGAGCAGCCGUUUGUUGUUGAGCUGGAUUUGCGAGAUGAUGGAUAUGAAAUUCAGAGUGUUCUUCUGGAUUUGAUAGGUAGAAGGACAGUACCGCAGGUAUUUGUUAAUGGCAAGCAUAUUGGUGGAUCAGAUGAUCUCAGUGCUGCAGUCCAGAGUGGUGAAUUGCAGAAACUUCUCAAAGCAAGUUGAUUGCGUACUAAAGACCGAGAAGCACUAAAAUCUAUAAUUUGUCUGUAUGUGGGGAACUCGCAUUAUCAUGGAUAAUGAAGAUUUCAAGCAUCUAGAGGCAUAAUACCUUUUCAUGUUUCUUUUGGGUGCUAUUUUUGGGUAUUUACUAGGUGAUAAACAUGUACUUCUAGCUUGAUGUUGUUCUGCUCAGAAUCUGCAAGAGUUCAUAUUUUAAUUUUGUUCUAUAAUAGCAAAGUAUGAUCAUGAGUGGUUGAGCUCUAACUGUUGGAAUUGAUUUUGUAGGCUUCUUUGUUAGUUAUAAAAUUGUGAAUUGUGCAUAUCAAUGUGCUAGAUUUUGGUCUUGCAAA